CGAGGACUCUGACGGUGAAGCUGUAGGCAACCACUUGCCGCAGACGUUCGUGACCGAACCUACGCCUAGGGGAGCCUCUACCGCUACCUUCACCAGCAUGGCACGCUCCGAUUUGCCUCAACUGCAGACCAACCUGGACAGAGUGAUCGAAAAGGGCUCGCUGGCCUCGUCUUUCGCUACCCUUACCCCGGUCGAUGACGAUGCGCCUAGAGAAUCUUUCGAUUUCACUGGCGAAUACGCACAGCUGAACGAAAACGGAUGCCGACAGAGUUUCUUGGCGGAACUCGAUCGACUGGGUCUCGUAAUUGAUGAGACCGAUAAUAUUCCCGAAGCGAAAGGGGCCAAAGAGAUCCAGCCUACGAUAACCAAGAGGAGUUCACUCAACAGAGAUUUCAAAUUUGGAAGGCCCGCUCCAGCUCCCCUCGAACGAGCGCAAUCAGCAAUCCCUAGCGGAGGGAUCCCGUUCGUUCCAAGGCAUUCUCAGCAUCUCCCGGACGAUUCGCUAUUUUCUUUCGCGAGUAUGAGCAGCGUAGGAAGGGUCGUGGACACGGGGAUAUCGGGGAAUUUCGUUAAUCUCUUUGAGCGCGAAUUUGCGGCCGCUCAGAACUCUCGACCGACGCAGUUGCACUCUGCGCACAAGAGCUGGACAGACAGUCUCAGAUCGUCCGUUGGCCGAAGCAGAGGAUCGAUUGAUUCAAUAGAUUCAGCUUUGGAGAACACUAGGGGAUCUCGUCACAGGCGCAAGAACAGCUCUGUCGAUAGCGCUCAUUCUGCCAUGCGACGCAUAGGUCGGCCGGGGGUGGACUCGGAUAGGAUGUUCAAGACGAACUGUCUAUAUUCUAUUGCUGGUUCCCCAUCAAACAGCCAAGCAUCUCCCUCCGAGACAAAAACUCUCGGUAAAGGAUCAGUUAGAGGUCCAGGAAACGCCAAGCCGUCGUACGAUACCCUGCUAGAUUACAAGCCGUCCGGGAGCAAGCUAGACUCGCUCUACGAUCAGACAAGGCAGAGCACAAUUUCACAAGGUGACGACUCGCUGUUUUCCACUUCCAGUAGGAAUCAGUCGUUCUCGCUCUUCCGCCCUCGCCCCAUAUCUUGCAUCAGCGAUCGAAGCGAGGUCGACUCAUCCUCACAAGACGCUUCGCCUCUAGCUCGCAAGAGCGGUGAAAUGCUUCGCCGCUCCCAGGACGUGGAGCGCCGAGGAGGACAUGACCGACAACAGUCGACGGUUGAUCAGUCCCGCAGUUCUCGCACGUUGGAAGCCAUAGGAGACGACUCUUUCACGUCGAUCGAGAGCACGAAUAAGCCUCUUCCCCCGAGAAACUCCUUCUCCAGGAGCAUUCAAGCGCGCUUGUCGUCGACGCCUCGUCUGAUUUCACCUUCCGGCAGCGAGCCUUCGAGCAAACCAUCCACGGAUGUGCAAUCGAUCAUCAGUGCGAUGUUGGAUCCUCCUGUUACCAAGCCAAUGCGCGAACCGAAAGUGCGAACGGCCUCCCAGGUCGAAUCGGGAAUCCAAGCACAAGAUGACCGUCGAAAUGGCUGGGAGAAGAGAGAGACAAUGGAUUCUCUUGUCUCGAAAUAUACCUCAGGAUCAUCUCGCGACAGCAUGAAACGAUGGGUGGACUGGCAGCGCGAGGCCGAGCUCGAGAUCGAAAAAUCCAAGAUGGCUUGGGCGGACACGGAUGCUAGUCGAGCGGUCGUGGACAAAUUCAAACCGCCUAGCAAUCUUGAAGAUGUAGCUCGGCUCAUCCAGAUUUCCCGAUACGUCAAUACGUCAUUGGCAGAAGCUUCGCCAGGCAAGCAAAUCGCUCGCCGAGCGCAGGUACCUAUGGAUGCUUUCGAUAAGGCUAUCGCAGAGAGCGCCGUUCAACCUCCCCAACAUAGGCCUGCAGCCUUACCUACCAAGUUUCAGCGGACUGACACUGCGGGCACCAUCGCCUCGAUAACCGGUUCAAUAACCCCUAGCACCCCGUCCGGUUUGUUCUCAUUCGCUAUGACCCAGCCGGUCCGAGAGUCGCCGGUCCGGCUACCAUUGGUGGAUACUAGUAACGUGCACGGAACGUCGCCCUCUCGACGAUCUCCUAGAAAAUCUUUGACGAAAAAGAACACGAAAACCAUUGGCCCAGUUCGCAGUCGUGUGACAUCUACAGCAAGUGCCCGCAGAGCAAAGCUGGGAUGGGGGCGACGACGAGACUCGGCGACAGCACCGGUGCCCAAAGUAUCGGGCCCACGUACGCCAUCGAAGCGAAGUUCAGGAGAAGACGAUGAAAGGCGGCAAGACAACGGUCCCUUGCUUGAUGACCGAAGGCGUAGUGGCUACAAGGCUAGGAAUUCUCAAAACAGGCGAAGUAUUCGCGCUUAGUAAUCAUAAUGUCUCUUUCCCUCUUGGUCCCUCCCGUAUCU